CCGAGCCAACCGAAUCGCCGAGCCACACGAGAUGUACCAUCUGGAGAAGAUCUGGAUCCUGCUGUGCCUGGCCCUUGUCGGCGUCCUUGGCUUUGGCCAGUUCCACAUGAAGCAUUACCAGCUGCAGCGUAACUACAACACGCAGGAGGACUCUAGCGAGAAUGACAACAGCGUGCUGCGAACCUUCCGUCGCUGCAUGUGGGAGCAAUCCAAGUUCCUGCCCCGCCGCCUUGUCCUGCUCAGCCUGUGCUCGAAUCUCUUUUGCGAGAACAAUCACAUAAUGCCACGUUCCAGGUCUAUUUUCGUAGUGGAAAAAAUGUCUAGGCCGAAUGACUGCCUGGACAUCCUGCCCGAGCAGUGCGAGCAGGGCGAUGAGGAGGAGCUGAUGUACAAGCCCUUCCCCGACUGCUGUCCGGUUUAUUGCAACCUGAAGCGGCGGAUGCAGCGCCUGCGCACCAUGCACUUCCGUCAUCGCCUGCUGCGCGACGGCUCUACGGGAUCCACCGGCUCCUCCGGAUCCAGCACUGCCGGCGGCGAUGGUCCCAACAAUUCCCUGCUCAGUGAGUUUGUCUACAACAACUACUAAGAGAGGAGGGAGGAAGAAGAAGGAGCAGUCAAGGACAUGCCGGUGAAUCAAAUUAUUCUGCGAUUUGUGAACUUGACAACUUGGCAUUCCGACAAGGGGGAUUCCUGCAUUAUAGGCGUCGUCAUUGUCAUCACACUGAGCCAAAAAAAUGCUACACUGGACCCUAUGAAUUUGUAUUAUAACUAUCCUUGGGAUAUAAAUAGCCAAAUUCAAGGCUUACUCUAAAUAUAAGACUAAAGUUAUACAUAUAUCAGCUAAUUAACUUCUCAUAGUUAGUGUGUUCUGUUUUUUUUUUGUGGUCACAUAGAUGAAGUGCUGCUUGAGAUUGUAUUGAUCUGGAAAUAUAUAAUUUAAUUUUA